GGCUACUUCUAACUGAAAUUUCUUCCCUUCUUAAAGCAAAACCGUGUCGUCGGAGCCAUGCAACUUUAUUCCGUGGAUAGGAAAGUGUCACAGCCGAUCGAAGGCCACGCUGCCAGUUUUGCCCAAUUCAAGAUGGAAGGCAACACAGAAGAAUCCACCCUGUUCUGCUUCGCGGUGCGAGGGCAAGCCGGAGGCAAGUUGCAUAUUAUUGAGGUUGGGGCACCUCCCACCGGAAACCAGCCAUUCCCUAAGAAAGCUGUGGAUGUCUUCUUCCCACCAGAAGCCCAGAACGACUUCCCCGUAGCAAUGCAGAUUAGCGAGAAGCACGAUGUUGUUUUCCUGAUCACCAAAUACGGUUACAUCCAUCUGUACGACCUUGAAACGGGCACCUGCAUCUACAUGAACAGAAUCAGUGGGGAAACUAUCUUUGUGACUGCGCCACACGAAGCCACGGCUGGAAUCAUUGGCGUCAAUCGGAAAGGACAGGUGCUUUCAGUGUGUGUGGAAGAAGAGAACAUUAUCCCGUACAUCACCAAUGUGCUGCAGAAUCCCGACCUGGCCCUGCGAAUGGCCGUCCGUAACAAUCUCGCCGGGGCUGAAGAGCUCUUUGCCCGAAAAUUCAAUGCCCUUUUCGCCCAAGGGAGCUACUCAGAAGCAGCCAAAGUAGCAGCAAACGCCCCGAAGGGAAUAUUGCGCACUCCAGACACCAUCCGCCGGUUCCAGAGUGUCCAAGCACAACCAGGGCAGACGUCCCCUCUGCUUCAGUAUUUUGGAAUUUUGCUCGACCAAGGGCAGUUGAAUAAAUACGAGUCCCUGGAACUCUGCCGGCCAGUCCUCCAGCAAGGACGCAAGCAGCUUCUGGAGAAAUGGUUGAAAGAAGACAAAUUGGAAUGCUCUGAAGAACUGGGAGACCUGGUGAAGUCUGUGGACCCAACGUUGGCCCUGAGUGUCUACCUACGUGCUAACGUUCCCAAUAAGGUCAUUCAGUGUUUUGCGGAAACGGGACAAGUUCAGAAGAUCGUGCUGUAUGCCAAGAAGGUUGGUUACACUCCAGACUGGAUCUUCCUCCUGAGAAACGUAAUGCGGAUCAGCCCGGACCAAGGACAGCAGUUUGCCCAGAUGUUGGUGCAGGAUGAAGAACCUCUGGCAGAUAUUACCCAAAUAGUAGAUGUGUUUAUGGAAUACAACUUGAUCCAGCAGUGUACAGCUUUCCUCUUGGAUGCCCUGAAAAACAACCGUCCAUCUGAAGGGCCUUUGCAAACUCGUUUGCUUGAAAUGAAUCUCAUGCAUGCACCUCAGGUUGCCGACGCCAUCUUGGGGAAUCAGAUGUUCACCCACUACGACCGAGCUCACAUCGCUCAACUCUGCGAGAAAGCCGGUCUCCUCCAAAGGGCGCUGGAACACUUCACCGACUUGUAUGACAUCAAGCGAGCCGUGGUUCACACUCACCUUCUCAAUCCAGAGUGGCUGGUGAACUAUUUCGGCUCCCUUUCUGUGGAAGAUUCCUUGGAAUGCUUGCGGGCGAUGCUGUCAGCAAACAUCCGCCAGAACUUGCAGAUCUGCGUCCAGGUGGCUUCCAAGUACCAUGAGCAGCUUUCAACCCAGUCGCUCAUUGAGCUCUUUGAGUCAUUCAAGAGUUUUGAAGGUCUCUUCUACUUCUUGGGCUCUAUUGUUAACUUCAGUCAAGACCCGGACGUGCACUUCAAAUACAUCCAAGCUGCUUGUAAGACCGGCCAAAUUAAAGAGGUGGAAAGAAUUUGCAGGGAGAGCAAUUGCUACGAUCCAGAACGUGUGAAGAAUUUCCUCAAGGAAGCCAAGCUGACAGACCAGCUCCCGCUGAUCAUUGUUUGCGACCGCUUUGAUUUUGUCCAUGACCUGGUCCUGUAUCUGUAUAGGAACAAUCUUCAGAAAUAUAUUGAGAUCUACGUGCAAAAGGUGAACCCGAGUCGUCUGCCGGUGGUCAUUGGCGGCUUGUUGGAUGUGGACUGCUCUGAAGACGUCAUCAAGAACUUGAUCCUGGUGGUGCGAGGUCAGUUCUCCACGGAUGAACUUGUCGCUGAAGUGGAAAAAAGGAACAGGUUGAAACUGCUCCUGCCGUGGUUAGAGGCCAGAAUCCACGAGGGUUGCGAAGAACCAGCUACGCACAAUGCCCUGGCUAAAAUUUACAUCGAUAGUAACAAUAACCCGGAAAGGUUUUUGCGAGAGAACCCUUAUUAUGACAGCCGUGUGGUGGGGAAAUACUGUGAGAAGAGAGAUCCUCAUCUGGCUUGCGUGGCUUACGAGCGAGGACAGUGUGACCAGGAGCUGAUCAACGUCUGCAAUGAGAACUCACUCUUCAAGAGCCUGUCCCGUUACCUGGUGCGCCGUAAGGAUCCAGAACUGUGGGCCAGCGUGCUGUUGGAAAGCAACCCUUACCGGCGGCCCCUCAUUGACCAGGUUGUGCAGACCGCUCUUUCCGAGACUCAGGAUCCCGAAGAGGUCUCAGUUACCGUCAAGGCUUUCAUGACCGCCGACCUCCCGAAUGAACUUAUUGAACUGCUGGAGAAAAUUGUCCUGGAUAAUUCCGUGUUCAGCGAACACAGGAAUCUCCAGAACCUCCUCAUUCUGACAGCCAUCAAGGCCGAUCGCACCCGGGUCAUGGAAUACAUCAAUCGCCUGGAUAACUAUGAUGCUCCUGACAUCGCCAACAUCGCCAUCAGCAAUGAGCUCUUUGAAGAAGCCUUUGCCAUCUUUAGGAAAUUUGACGUUAACACUUCUGCCAUCCAGGUCUUGAUUGAGCACAUUGGGAACCUGGACCGGGCCUAUGAGUUUGCCGAACGUUGCAAUGAGCCUGCGGUGUGGAGUCAACUGGCCAAAGCCCAACUCCAGAAAGGGAUGGUGAAGGAAGCCAUCGACUCCUACAUCAAAGCAGACGAUCCGUCAUCCUACAUGGAAGUUGUCCAGGCUGCCAACGCAAGCGGCAACUGGGAAGAGCUGGUGAAGUACUUGCAGAUGGCCCGCAGAAAGGCCCGGGAAUCCUAUGUGGAGACGGAGCUCAUUUUUGCUCUGGCCAAAACAAACCGCCUGGCCGAACUGGAAGAAUUCAUCAACGGGCCCAACAACGCCCACAUUCAGCAAGUUGGUGAUCGUUGCUAUGAGGAGAAGAUGUACGAUGCAGCCAAACUUCUGUACAACAACGUCUCCAAUUUUGGCCGCUUGGCCUCCACGUUGGUUCAUUUGGGUGAAUACCAGGCAGCGGUUGACGGAGCCCGGAAGGCAAACAGCACAAGAACAUGGAAAGAGGUUUGCUUUGCCUGUGUCGAUGGGAAGGAAUUCCGCUUGGCCCAGAUGUGCGGUUUGCAUAUCGUCGUGCACGCCGAUGAACUGGAAGAACUCAUUAAUUACUACCAGGACCGUGGCUACUUUGAGGAGUUGAUAACCAUGUUGGAAGCUGCUCUGGGGCUGGAACGGGCCCAUAUGGGGAUGUUCACCGAACUGGCCAUCCUCUAUUCCAAAUUCAAGCCACAGAAGAUGAGGGAGCACUUGGAGCUGUUUUGGUCACGGGUCAACAUUCCUAAGGUUUUGAGGGCCGCUGAGCAAGCCCACCUCUGGGGAGAGCUGGUUUUCCUGUACGAUAAAUACGAAGAAUACGAUAAUGCUAUUAUUACGAUGAUGAACCAUCCCACGGAUGCCUGGAAAGAAGGGCAGUUCAAGGACAUCAUCACUAAGGUGGCGAAUGUGGAGCUUUACUACAAAGCGAUUCAGUUUUACCUAGAAUUUAAACCUCUGCUGCUCAACGACUUACUGAUGGUGCUUUCACCACGGCUGGAUCAUACCCGUGCAGUCAAUUUCUUUAGUAAGGUGAAGCAACUUCCGCUGGUGAAGCCCUACCUGCGUUCGGUGCAGAACCACAAUAACAAAUCAGUGAAUGAGUCCCUCAACAACCUCUUCAUUACAGAAGAAGAUUACCAGGCUCUUCGGACAUCGAUAGACGCCUACGACAACUUCGACAACAUCUCCCUCGCCCAGCGCCUGGAGAAACAUGAGCUGAUUGAGUUUAGGAGAAUCGCCGCCUAUCUCUUCAAAGGGAACAACCGUUGGAAGCAAAGCGUAGAACUCUGCAAAAAAGACCGACUGUACAAGGACGCCAUGCAAUACGCCUCAGAGUCCAAAGACACGGAGCUGGCGGAGGAAUUGCUGCAGUGGUUCCUCCAGGAAGGCAAGCAGGAAUGUUUUGGCGCCUGUCUCUUCACCUGCUACGAUCUUCUCCGGCCCGACGUGGUCUUGGAAACCGCCUGGAGACACAACAUCAUGGACUUUGCCAUGCCCUACUUCAUUCAGGUCAUGAAGGAAUACUUGAGCAAGGUGGACAAGCUGGAUGCCUCAGAAUCGCUGAGGAAAGAGGAAGAGCAGGCGACGGAGACCCAGCCCAUCGUUUACGGUCAGCCCCAGCUCAUGUUGACGGCUGGCCCCAGCGUGGCGGUCCCUCCACAAGCACCUUUUGGUUACGGCUACACCGCACCUCCGUACGGGCAACCCCAACCCGGGUUUGGAUACAGCAUGUAAGGAAGCCAGCGGGGAGCCAGCAUCCUUUUGUGGAACCUCCACCAUCCCUCUCACGCCUGACUCCGCAGGGAAAACAAAAGAAACAAACCUUGUGUCCUCGUAACAUUUAUUUUAUGAAGGACUUGUGUUUUUCUGUUUGUUCCUCCUCUCUCCCUCCCUUCCUCCCUUCCUUCCUUCCUUCCCUCCUUCCCGCAAGCUCUCCAGAUCCCUCCUUCCCUAAAUGCCAACUCCCUCUUUCUUCACAUUCCACAUCUUCCACCCCACCCCACCCCUCCGGUGGGAAUACUUUUAAAUGUUCCAGCAGGCUUUUCUCCCCACCCACCAACCCUUAUUUUUUAUUUUUUGCAAAAUUGCUUCUGACAUGAAAAAUCCCCCACCCCUCACCCCAGCUUUCUCUUCCCAUUUGCACUCUUGGAAAAAGCGUUCCGGUCUCUUUCGGUCCGGGGUCCAUGAGCAGGUUGUAAGUGUGUGUCGUCCGUCCCCGUCUCCCGUCCCCCCCCGCCCAAUGUUUUAACAAGUGGCAUAUUCUGAACAGAAGGGGCAGAGGUGGUGAAAGGAAGAUUUAUUGAGUUGGUGCAUUUGAAACACUAAAAGGAAAAAUUUUGGGAUGGCUUGGCUCUUGAAAUCAGUAAAAUUGGAGAGAAAGAGAGAGAGAGAGAGCUCGCAGAUAACAUACCGAAAACCUGUCCUGAAUUUAAAACAAAACAAAACACGACCCACUUAAUAGAGGCUCCAUUUAAACCUAUGCAGGUUUCCAGUUUAGAUGUACAGAAAACGCCAGUGUUUUUGCUCACUCCGUGUGUAAAUCCCA